UGACAGCUCUCUCAACAGCUUCCUUGUCUUUUUAUUUUUAUUUUUAAGAAAUGUAUUUGUUAUUGACGCUGUGUGUUUUUAUACGUAAUACAGUCGCACUGUAAUGUUACGUAAUGCACGGUGUGGCUCGACGCAGACGGUGUAUCGGAUCAUGACUCGACACAGCACUAUUAUUAGCUGAUGUGAUUCUUUAAGCUCUGAAGACCAGGAAGACAACCCUGUACCUGGACCCAAGCUUUCGUUAGACUGAGUUCUCCUCGACGCAGAAAAUGUCGAUAAUGGACCACAGCCCCACCACCGGUGUCGUGACGAUCAUAGUGACCCUGAUAGCCAUUGCAGCCCUGGGAGCGCUGAUCUUCGGCUGCUGGUGCUACUUGCGACUGCAACGUUUCACUCAGUCAGAGGAUGAGGAGAGCAUCGUUGGUGAGGGUGAAACCAAAGAGCCCUUCCUCCUGGUGCAGUACUCAGCCCGUGUCCCUCGGGCUGAUCAUAAGAGCAAACUUGCUCCAAUAGGCACAGAGAGCCACAGCUAAUUGUUCUCCUCCAUCAAACCCUGUUCUGCUUGUGGGAAUGUGGUUGAUUCAUGGAGUUUCCAUCCUAUUGUAAUGAGAACUGGUUUCAGAUCAAACGUAGAAGAACUAAGCUAACGUAUGUUUUUGUCCAGCUGCUUGUAAAAAGUCUCCUUGAAUGUUUUUUGCACUUUGUGGUAGUCCAGUGGAACCCUGUUAGAAUGUGAAACUGGUACAUUUCUGUUUUUGUUUGGUUUUUAAUUUACAACUUGCUGACAUUUAUUUAUCUGCUGAAUUAUGUCCUUGGGUGCAGAUACUUUUUCUUAUGUGCUGUUUUAGAUGAACUCUAGUUUUAGCCAGAGCAGGCUCUGGUGUAAAGUCUCUAUGUUAAUGUCAAUUAAAUCAGUCGUACAUCAUCAUAGUAAGUGAAUAUGGAAGGCUCUCUGCCGUCUCGUUUUUUAGCACGGAAAUCCGAGUCGUGUUUAAUUUCUACACGUGACGUUAGAUGCCCUGAUGCUCUGAUCUGCUAAGAAGCCUUCGUGAACGAAAGCCAGUGACUGGGUGUCAGUGUGUGGAGCUGCACCAGGAAGACCCCAGAGGUGAUCGUUACGGUGGCUGAGCACAUUGCUGUGUAUGGAAUUAGAUGAGGUCUCAUGAAAGCUGUUUCUAUUUAUAUUUAUAUAUAUAUAUGUCUUUCACUUCUGUCAUGCUGAAACUGACCGAUGCACAUCUUUGUGAGAAUUUGUGGAUUUCCUGUAUGAGUGAAUAAACUUUGAUUUGUGUGUGA